CGCAUCCUACAUGAAACUCUUACUAUAAUGCUAGUUAGCUAGUGGCUAACCACAACACGCUUUUUUUUGUUGCAGGAUUUGCGUUAUAAAUAGCGAUUUAAAGUACCCAAUAUUUUUUUAGACAAACGUAUUCUUAAUUGGUCAAACAAGGCAGCGUUAAACAAGAUCACUUGUGUUAGCAUUGGUGGCCUUUCAGCCCCAUGUCAGUGAGACUACCUGCAGCUGCACAGCAUGUGGAGAUGUUUACAUCAAGCCUUUCUGCAGAGCAACAGAGAGACCUGGCCAAAAGACUCACCACCUUCCUGUCCAUGUACAGCCACCUGUCCAGCUCAUACAUCAUCGAGUUUUUCACUGAGGAUCUCUGGAGCUCGUUACCCAGCAGCUGGCAGGUCGUGCUGCAGGACCUGACGUACCCCCAGAUCGCUGACCUGUUACUGGACGCUUCACAUGCAGACAGGAGAUAUCCCUCGGUGUGGCCUCUGUCUCUGCUCGCCUUCCGAGCCUCCGCUCAGGCUCUGGCGUUUCCCAGAGAGAGCAGGAGGGGAGGCGGGGGGGCGGCAGGCAGCGGGAAGCCCGAGGAGUUUCUGAAGAACGAGAGUCAGAGCUCUCUGCUGCGACACAUCUUCAGGAAACACGUCAAACCCAAGAAACAGCACGAGAUCCGCAAGCUGGGCGCGCUGGUUAAACAACUGUGUGACCACACUGACUGCAGCAGCGUGGUGGAUGUGGGCUCUGGACAGGGUCACCUGACGCGCUUCCUGUCCUUCGGGCUCGGACUCACUGUGACCGCCAUCGAGGCGGAUCGCACGCUCGUCGCAAUGGCAACCAAGUUUGACGCAGAGCUGCUGGGGGUCCUGGAGAAGGAGAAGCAGAAAGAGAGCUGCUCCUCUCUGCUCCCAGUAUCCCAGCCUCGUCAUGUGGCCGGAUGGGUAAACCCCAAAGCAUCAUGGGAGUCCUUCAUCGAGCAGCUGGGCGGUGCAGAAGGACCCCAGACUCCAUCUGGACCCUGUAAAAAGAGACAGAGAGGCUCAGAGGAAGAGACUCAGCACCAGCUCGGAGACAAGGAGUCUGAAGAGGAGGCCUCCGGAUGCUCGUGUGUCCAGACGGGGGUUCAACCUGAGCAACACCUCCAUCCAGACUUCGUCCUCACGGGCCUCCACGCCUGCGGAGACCUCAGCGCCACCCUGCUCCGUCACUUCAUCAGCUGCCCACAUGUGCGCGGCAUCACCUCGGUGGCCUGCUGCUACAUGAAGAUCACCACCAGCGAGCACCCCCACCCCCCGGGUCUGGUGGCAGCUCCUCCUCACGUGGCAAACCGGGAGGCGCUGCCCUCAGAGUUCGGAUACCCCAUGAGCUCCUGGGUGGGCCGGCUGCCGGGACACCAGCUGUCCUACAAGGCCCGGGAGGCGGCGUGUCACGCGGUGGAGGACUACGGACGGAGGCUGCGGGAGGACAGCGAGCUGCUGAGGACGCACUGUUACCGCGCCGCGCUGGAGACCGUCAUCAGGGCGCAGAGGCCCGAUCUGCGCCGGGUCGGGGUCCAGACCGUCAAGAAAGCCCACCUGCUGACGUUUACUGAGUACGCCCGUCUGGGCCUGGCCCGGGUCGGCCUCCCCCCCGAUCUGCCUCUGGACUCGGGGCGGGUGGAGGCCAUGUUGGAGCAGCAGGGCCGGGUGGUGGUGUUCUUCAGCCUGGCCCUGCUGCUGGCCCCGGUGGUGGAGACGCUGGUGCUGCUCGACCGGAUCAUCUACCUGCAGGAGAACGGCGUGGAGAGUCGGCUGGUUCCUCUCUUCGACCCAAACCUUUCCCCCAGAAACUUUGUACUGGUGGCUCUGAAAGCUCGAGGACAUGGAGGAGCAAAAAGGAAGUCCUAACAAACUGAAAAAUCACGCUGACUCCCUGAGAAUGAACUCAAGAUUACAAAAAGAUCUAGUGCUCCUUUUAAACACAAACCCAAAGUCUUACGGCUGUUUUGUCUAGCCUCUGUUUUUCAAAUUAAAGAGUCCAUUUUAUGCACA